GGCCAAGCUGCUGGCCGAUCCUGUCAUCGAGGGCGCGUUGGAGGGAGGGGUGCGAUGGCCGGUGCUGCCCGAGCGCCGCGAGCGCGAGUUCCCCGCGCUGCCCGCUUUCAUCCAGAGCGCGCUGAACGCCGAGGCGAAGGGGCCGUCGGAGGCGCGCUGGGUCGCCCGCGCGCAGUUGGCGGGCCAGCGUGCGUUGUCGGUCUACAACAAGGCCGCGCAGCAUGAGGCGGGCUUCGAGAAGGCUCCGCACGGCGAGAUCGCGGCGGAGGUCAGGCACAGCAGCCCGUCAUGCAAGCCGUGGAUCAAAGAGAUCGCGCACUACGUGAAGGCGGGGCCCAGCAACGGUGAGCUGGUGCACGAUCUGCGGACGGCAGCGAAGACAUUCGCCACGACGACAGCGAACUCCGAGAGUGACAUGAUCGGCCAGGAGAUCCUUGCGGCCUUCAACGAGUUCUCGGGCAAGCUUCCGAAAGGUGAGAAGCGCCCGUGCGCGAUGAACGCUCUCACCCUUGCCGAUAUGACGGAUGGGAAGGCGGCGGGCGGCAUUUCUACGACAUUCAGACAGGAGGCUGCACUUGCCCUGGUCAACAAGAAGGCGCGCGAGAACCGCAUGCAGGCCGACUUGUGCACGGAACGCGCCCGCGCGCUGCUGCGUAACGUGAGGGAAGACAAGGUCGGCGCCUCCAAGCUGACCGUCCAGAAAGAUGCGAGAGCGGCGCGCGUGCUGACGAAGAAGCACAACGCAAAUGGCGACAACUUCAAGAUCAUCGAUGACGUGAUCAAGGCUUGUCUGGUGCAGUACACGGGGUGGGAGGCGUUCUUGAAAGACGUCGAUGGCAGCCUGAAUGCCAACUUGGCGGGCUUCGGGUUUGCGAGCAACGGCCCCUCGGCGGCCGCCUUGCAGUCCAGUGCUGGUGGGCACGCGCCAACGGCGGCGACGUCGGCGCCACCGGCGGCGUCGCGUCACGCCGAGAGCGUCUCGGACAUGAAGAGCGCGCUGUUCCAGAUGGUGGCGGCUGGGUUCAAGGGCGGCGCCAACUGCAAGAGAAAGGGCGCUGCGUAUCCUGGCGCGCAUUGUGGCGAGCAUUCCGAGAUCGUUGCGGUCGCGGAGGCGGGCGUCGAGAUCAGCAGGUGGACAAAUGGCGCCCGCGUUGCCGAGUCCGAUUGGAUCGACGCCAAGGGUGCGUUGGAUGGCGGUGGGGGCGAGCAAGGCAGCAGCCAUGGGCUUCGCAGCAAGACCAGGAAGUACACUGCGUCCGCAGACGCGGGCUUGGGCCUCCUCAGCAGGCCGACGGCGGUCAUCGCCAAGCGGAAGUUCGAGGCGGAGGCGUUGAGCAUUGUUGAGCUG